UAAUUAUAAAAGUUGGCCCGAUUCGAAAAAAAAACAAUGUUGCAUUUCUUAUAAGUUGCUGAUUUGGUUGUCAAGAAAAUAUGUACAGCAAAAACUCAUAAAAACCCCUCUGAAGCGACAAUAUCAACAGAUGUUAGCUUCUCCCACAUCUAAUCUUAUGUAAUAUAUUAAACUUUGUAUGCUCUUGUUUCUUCGAUUUUCAUCAAGUUUAAUGACUUCAUCUAGAUGUAUUUUCUAGAGGUUUUAUUUUUCAAUCUAGAUGUUUUUCGAAGUCAAUCUAAAUGUUUUUAGUCAGACAAAAGUAGCAGCCCUACACAUGAUGCAGACCUCGUUUUGUAUCAGUGCCCAGUACGGGUAGUCCAUGCUCAAGGCCGCUCAAAAGCACGGCGACGUUACCGUCUGUUUGGAUUUUCAGAUUUUAAAUAUUGCUUUCAAUAUCUUAUUUCAUGCAUUUUUUGUCACAUACUGACAGACCUUCCAAAACUCUGUAGCUGCUGAAUUGUGUAACAACAUACUGAUAUAAGGGCAAACAAUCUUAAUCUUGGUUUUGUGGUUUGAGUUUAAGAUUAAUCGUCAGAUGACAGGAUAAUGGAAACCACCACAGAAGAUGAAAGUGCAGAUGAAGAUGAAGUUGUGAAAGAGUUUGAUGUCUAUUUGUCCAAAAGCUUGUCUGGACGCCUUUACUUGCUGCAAUAUCCAGUGCAAAGUGUAAAACGAAAAUAUGGAUCUCAGGAUCGAGAUACGGCCAAAAUCAAACCACAAAAUAAUAAAAUUGAAAUGGAUGUAUCACUUGACAUCAGCAGUCCAAACUAUGACCAAAGCAAAGGAGAGCAGAUUGCAUUGAAUGUGGAUGGAAAUGUAGGAACAAUACAAGCAUCAACAACAUUCGAUACAAAUGUUAUGGACAGACAGACGUUACAAUCAAGCUGCGUGCCCGCGAGAGGAAAACGAUAUGUAUCUGCUAUUGUUCAACAUGAUGAGGUACAUCUGACUCCAAUAUCUCAUGUCAUGCAACUUAAGCCAAGUUUUAAAUAUAUGGAUAGAGCGGAACAUAGAGCAUCACAAGCUGCAAAGGCCAAAGCUGCAGCCGAAGCAGAUUCAUCCCAAGAUGAGGCAGAAGAAGCUAAGGCUGUAACCGUUCGAGUGAAAGGAGCUGAAUCAGAAGCAGUUCGAUUGGCUCGAGAACGAUCUUAUGCUGCUUAUGAAAAAAGAAUUGCAGAUGAAAAAUGGAUAGAAGUAAAAGUACACCAUAAAUUGGACAGUUAUGCAGAAAGAGAAAGACAGAGACUUAUUUGCCAAAACACUAGACAACCUGACGAUAAAUUGAGCCCAGCUCUUACAGCGUUCUCUGAAAUGGUACAAACACCACAUGAAUACCUCACCAAACUAAUUCCAGUAUAUGAUGAACAUUCAGUUGAUAACAGUGCAAUACCUGACAAUGUUCUAUCUUUAUCUCUGUUGAAAAAUGAAACAUUAGGGGAUCAACUGAAACUUCUAAUGAAGAAUGCCAAGAUUCUUCACUUCUAUCACCUGAUAUCUCUUCUACCGGAACCACCAGAUGUCAGUAUCAUUGUCAGAUCAUUGCAAUCAUAUGCUGUUCUGGUGAAGGGUUGCUGGGUUGUGAAGAGUGAGGUAUUGUUUCCAGCUAACACUCUAAGCCCAAUCUCAGGAACUCCAUCAGAAAGUUUGUGCAAAAGUCGAGAUUAUAUUUUGUACAUGUUCACAAGGAAGGAGUUUUUAGUCAGAAAAGAAAUCACCAACACUGUGAAACUGCCUGGAGAUGAUGUAAAGGCAAUUUUAGAAGACAUUGCAGUAAUGAGAAUGGGUCAUGGAUGGCAACUGAGAUUGAGACCUGAUAAUGACUUCAUGAAUCGAUUUCCUGAUGUAUGUGAGCGUCAGACAAUGUUAUGGAAUGCACAAGGCGCCAAACUAGCAAAACAGUUAAAUUUAACGGAACUUGUUGGAGAUCUGAAUUCAGUCCACAUCAAACAAGAAAUUUCUUCACCUCCAAGAAGGAAAAAGAAUGCUUCUUCAUCAGAAGAUGGUGUAUCAAACAAAAAGAAAACUGUUUCUAAGCGUCAACGCAAAUCAUCUGGUCAUAAAACAAGUCCUGCAAGAUCCCAUCAAGCUCCUAAUGAGUCACCUAAAGUGAAAUCUGUACCAAUGUCUCCUAAUUCUAAGAGGACAUCUAUCCAAGAAAUGCCCAAAUCGGUUGCAUCUGUGAAAAAACUAGAUCCUUCCCAGAAUUCAAGCAAUCUUACUUGUGUAAAUACUAUUUGCGAACAACCUUUCCAUGGGUUGGAUGGAGCAGCUGCCCUUGUAAAUUCAGCUGUACCUAUUGCUAUGGGAGAUAUUGGAAAAUUAAGCCCAAAAAUCAACAUAGCUGGGGUUAAUUCUACAGUACAAUCUGUCGCCACAGAGAUGAUUAAGAGAGGUUCUCCGCAGCAGAAAGUUCAAUACUUCAUACCUCAAAUGAAUAUUUCAUCGCCAACAUAUGAUGCUGCUUUGGAAUGCACCAAUGGCCAAUCUGCAGCAAUGGAAGUAAAUGAAGAACAAUCCAUUAACAUUAUUUCUAAUAUUAAUAUCGAUCAUGUGUCUUAGCGUUAUUGCUCUGUUGGAUCAUUUAUAUUAAAUUAGGAGCACAAUA